GUCCCCCGCAGUGAUAUUGCUGGAAUAUUGCUAAAAGCGCCGAAAACUACAAUCGCUUAAUGUGGGAAAGGUUCUUUCUCACUCAUUCACUCACUCACUCACUCACCCACUUAGUGUGUGAACGUCUCCCGCCACUAUAGCAGCGGUGCGACAGUGUACUAUCUACAUGUAUCAUUAUCCUUUUUUAUUUCAUAAGAUUGUAAUAAGCAUGAUAUAUUAAAUUGUCUGUAUACUUAACGAAAUGACACGUUGUUAGUUUCUGAUGGAUAUAUAAAAACACAAAAUACUCAUGGUGAGUCCCAAUGCACUGAAAAUGUUAUAUUUUAUGGUGAAAGCUAGAGACGGGUUUACUUUCCACUAUUUGGUCGUGAACUGUUACAUUAAGGGCGUUUCUACCAACGAAACCCAUCCUGAAUACUAUAGAUUUUAUGACCUGAAGCCAGUAUCAGAGCAUACAUAUGCCAUAUACUGACAUCAUUUAGAGCAUGACACUCUUGGAGAAAUAAAUCAACAUCUGAAGCCAAUAUCAGAGAAUACAUAUGCCAUAUACUGACAUCAUUUAGAGCAUUACACUCUUGGAGAAAUAAAUCAUCAUCUGAAGCCAGUAUCAGAGCAUACAUAUGCCAUAUACUGACAUCAUUUAGAGCAUGACACUCUUGGAGAAAUAAAUCAACAUCUGAAGCCAGCAUCGGAGCAUACAUAUGCCAUAUACUGACAUCAUUUAGAGCAUGACACUCUUGGAGAAAUAUAUCAACACCUGAAGCCAAUAUCAGAGCCUACAUAUGCCAUAUACUGACAUCAUUUAGAGCAUGACACUCUUGGAGAAAUAAAUCACCAUCUGAAGCCAUGUAUUUUUAUGUCAGUAAUUAUUCAGCCAGUUUAUUAUUUUGGUUUAACCCAUGCUUGUCGUAAGAGGCGACUAAGGGGAUCCGGUGGUCAGUGGUGAAUUGGUUCACGCAUAUACUAGUUUCCAAAUUGCGUAGAUAGAUGCUCAUGCCAUAUUGAUCACUAGAUUGUCUGGUUCGGGGUUGUAAAUUACAUACCGCAGCCAUGUAGCUGGAAUAUUGCUGUGUGCGGCCUUAAACAACAACCAACCAACCAGCCAAACGAAUGUUCUCAACAUUUUCAUCAGCUGACACUUGGACAAUAUCAUUAUCAGUGUCAAUAUCAAUGUACAGCGUACCUGCAUAAAACUGAAAUUUGAUUCAAACAGCAAAAGGAAUUACUCACACACGUUUUAUACAACAGCUGUAUUUCUUAUAAAUACCUCAUCGACAUACCGAUGUUGUGUGUUAUGUUGAUAUUUUUAUUAUUCGAAAACAUUCGUACAAUAAUUUGCAUGUGCACCGACACAUGUCCACACCCUCCGUCAAGACAUCACGUGAGCGAAGACAGGUCACGUGACACACAAAAGGCCGAUCACCAGGUAGUGAGACUCAGAGAGACAGCCCGUUCACAACGGUGUAGUUAUUGAGAUGGCGACCACCAAGAAACUGACAGACAACCACCUCACCUGUGUCAUCUGUACUGAGGUGUUCACAGACCCUGCCACACUUCACUGUAAUCACACAUUCUGUAAGUCCUGUCUGCUGAAAUACACCAACACACAGCCUGAAGCAAUACAAGCCAAGUCCAUCCCAUGUCCCUCCUGUAGACAACUGACGAAGGUGACCACCCCUGACAGUCCAGUAGAGGAGUGGGUGAGUCAGCUGAAACCAAGCCACGUCAUACAGGGACUGAUGGACGACUUUGGACCUUGGAAAGAAGCUGGCGAUGUUAAUAACUGCAGUGUUUGCAAAACACAAAGGAAGACAACUCCAGCCAGCUCGUGGUGCUCUAUCUGUGACGAUGUCUUCUGUGAUGGAUGUCUGAAGAUGCACAAUAUGAUGCCAAGUUUACGUGACCAUGAACUUGUGGAUUUUUCUGAUAAAACCAAAAGAAAAACUAAGCAUUGGUUCAUGUGUACAAUCCACAAAGACAAACAGAUCGAGUUGUUCUGUAAGGAUUGUAGGGUGGCCAUUUGUCAUACAUGCUGCAGUAUAAAGCACAGGAAAUGUGACGAUGUUGACACUUUAGAUAACAUGACCCAUGUUGUCAGAGAACACCUGUCAAAUCAAAACCAAAACCUGAAAAUCAAAAUGACAACUUCAGAAAAUGAGAUAAUCUUCAAGAAAUCUGAAAUUGAAGAAAUAAAGACAAAUGCGCAAAGUAUCAGAAAUGAAAUCAGAAAAUUACGACAGACUGUGGUAGAAGUGAUUUUAAUGAAGGAGAAACAACUCCUUGAUGAAGUCGACCAAUCUACUGGUGAACAAAUACAGGAAUUACAAACACAAAUAAAAUCCCAGGAGAUUGAGCUGCAGAUGUACCAGCAACAGAAUGAGUUAACAGCCAAUGCUGUCACGUCCAACUGUGAGAUGGACAUGUAUGCCGUCUAUGAGUCAGUGGGUGGGGAGUCGACAGACAACAGAGACACGGACAACCGACCAGCACCAGGAAGGGUUGUAUUCACUCACGACAUGGACAAGCUGAGUAAAGCAGUGGAUGAGCUACAGCUAGGGAAGGUUGAAGUUGUCAGUUGUGUGAGUGACCACCAGUCUACCCCUGUUCUACAUCACACUAUUGACUGUAAGGUAGAUGAUGACAGUGACGAUCCUUAUUUGUAUGACGUCACAGUGUUGACUGUUGAGGGUAUAAAAGUAGCAGUAGUUGCUGAUUGCUUAAACAAGAGAGUCAAAACAUUUCACACAUCAAAACCAAACUGGCAUGGUGAUCAUCUACCACUUUCCACUGGCCCUCAUCAAAUAGCAAAGCUAAGCGAGCGUCGGAUAGCUGUCAGUGUUCCGGAGAGUAAGGAAAUAGUUACAGUGGAUGUUACUCCACAUCCUGUAUUGCUGUCAACUAUCAAAACAACAAAAAAGUACUACGGUCUGGCCUGUCUGAGUCCUUCACAGCUGGUGGCAGGUACGUGUGGACAGUCUCACUCUGUGGACAUACUGGACAUUACAGGGAAGAUACUGAAGUCUAUCAACACGGGUGUCAUAAAGAAUCCAGACCGUAUCCAUGUCACCAGUAAUAACAACUUGAUAGUCAGUGAAGGAUUAAUAGACUCCCUCGUAUCUAUGACCAGUGAAGGAGAAGCUGUUUUCACCUACACUCCCACAGGGGACAGAGCUCUGAUUUAUCCACGGGGUAUCACAACAACCAACACAGGAGAUAUCCUGCUUGUAGACGGCCCCUCCCACAAGGUGAUUCAGCUGACAGAGUCAGGGCAGUUUGUCAGAGAUGUCCUUACACAACAGGAUUGUUGGGAAUCUCCUUGUGGUAUCUGUCUUGAUGGGGACAGGUUUCUGUAUGUUACAUGUGAACGAUAUGUCAGAGUAUUCAGAUUUAAGUGAAAGGUAUCAGAUGUAAAUGAAAGAUGCGUGCGCAAAGUAAGAGUUUAAUGCCCGUGCCGAUUUGAAUAACACAAAAA